GAGCCGUGAGGUGUAUAUGCACAGUACAGCGAGCCUGGGCCUGAGAUGAGAGCUGUGCGAGUCUCAAUUGGUGGUGCUGUGGAAGAGAGGAGCUAGACGAAGCGCCCAAACAAAACCCCAACAAGUGUUGGAUUCUUCAGUCAUUCACGGCCAUUCCAGGCUUCUGAGCACAUUCGGGUCUUCUUAUUCGAAAAGAAGAAGAAGAAGAAAGUAGCUCCUCUUCUGAGGGGAAAAUAAAAGACUGGAAAUCACAUCAAAUACAAACUCAAUAUAGUUCACACUACUACCAUCUAUAAGAUUGCGGAAAAGUUCGAGAGCUUGCUUCUGGACAAAAGGCUUCGAAUCUGCUGCUGUUCUCUCUCAACAAUCAUAAUCCACUCGAGACAAAAUUCUUCAAAUCCCUAAUUCCUUCAAACUCUUGAGUUCAAGCCCUAAUACAUCUGCAACGCAAACUGCCUCAAGAUAUUUUGUGUCUUCUUGUUGUUUAAAGUCACAUUCUCGUUCAAAAGAGAGCCUAAAUGUGCUCUGGUUUGGAUUUUUGUGGAAGAUAAUGCCGAGAUAUAGAGAUGACCCUCCAGCUAUUCGUGUUUAUACAGUCUGCGAUGAAUCUAGAUAUUUAAUUGUGAGGAAUGUUCCAGCGUUAGGAUGCGGGGAGGAGUUGCUGAAACUAUUUUCAACCUAUGGAGACAUAGAAGAGUGCAAACCCAUGGAUGCUGAAGAAUGUGAAGCUUUCACUGAUGUUUACUGGAUCAAAUUUCGUUUAGUAAGCAAUGCUAGGUUUGCAAAAAGAAAAUUGGAUGAGUAUGUUUUUAUUGGGAACCCAUUGAAGGUUUCUUAUGCUCCUCAUUUUGAAACGCUCUCCGAUACCAAGGAAAAACUAGAAUGUAGGAGGAAUGAAGUUUUAGCAAGACUGAAUUCUGGAAGAUCCAAAGGUUCUGCAGUUAGAAAUUGGAGUUCUUGGAAUGAGGAAUCUUUGGAAGCAAGUCCUUCCCAGGCCAGCCUUCCCCAAGGGGUAAACAUUGGUCAAAGGAACAAUGGAAAACGAGAACUUAUUUCUCAUGUUAAUAAUUCUCCAAUCGCAAGGGUUUCCUCUGACAAGGAUUAUUUCCAGUCCCAAUCAAUGAAUCAAACUGUCAUGUCCGUGAGGGACAAACUCAACAAGAUUCAAUCAAGUGGUGACCCAUUACAACAUGGGUUUGUCUCCAAGAAACCCCGUCUGGACAAAAGGAGAAGAAUUUGAAAAAGAAAAAAGACAUACGAUUAAGCUUAGAAUUUUGUGCAAAACUUUAUAUCACAUCAGUUUUGUUAGUAUUACCUCACCUUAACUAGUGAUUAUUUUCAGUAAAAUGUGUAACAAGUUGAUAAUUUUGCUGUACAUUUGAAACUCCUUAUACUUAAAAGUUUUGUGGUGUGUUUAAAAUUGGUUAUGUAGUAUGACUUGAUGCUUGACAUACCCAAUUUUCGUGGCAAUAUUGAUAACCGUGGUUGGAAAGCUGCCACAAUAGCAUCACUCUA